AUGGAUAUCCCCCUGCUUCCGCUUAGAGAUGGCAACAAGGUUCCCCUUGUGAGUGAUAUGGUAGCUCCCGCUCCAGUCCAUUCCACAACUAACGUGAUAUUGCAGCUCGCCUUUGGCACUGGGACAGCCUGGUUCAAAGAUGUUGGUGACACUGAUUUCAACUGUGAUCUUGUGGAAAUCAUCAAAGCUGCUGUAGGGAAGGGCUAUUAUCACCUUGACUGCGCAGAGAUGUAUGGCACGGAAGAAGAAGUUGGCGCUGCCAUCAAGGAAUGUGGUCUUUCUCGAGACCAACUCUUCAUCACCAAUAAAGUCGCCCAAAGCAUUGCAGACAUUCCGGCUGCGAUUGAUGAAAGCCUCCGAAAGAUGCAGAUGGAUUAUUUCGACUUGUGAGAAAGAUUCAUUUUCGAGAAGAGGCGAAAGAUGGGCCGAAGUGUUUGCUAACAUGAAAUACAGGUAUCUGAUUCAUAUUCCUUUCUUCGCGAAGUCUGAUGCCGACUUUCAAAAUGCCUGGAAAUCGAUGGAAGAGAUCAAAAAGGCCGGGAAAGCAAGGUCAAUCGGCGUGAGUAAUUACCAGCGCCCCCAUCUUGAGGCGACGCUCAAGACUGCCAUUGACCCGCCUGUCAUCAAUAAAAUCGAAUACCACCCAUAUCUCCAGCGGUCAAAUGGAUAA